AUGUUUGGAACACUGGGGUUCGGAUCAUCAUCAGCACAAUCAAAUCCAUUUGCAACAGGUAAUUCUGCCAAAGCGAAUCCAUUUGGUACAAACAGUACGAAUCAAUCGGCAUUUGGCUCCUCGGGGUUUGGGUCUUCUGGAUUUGGCAAAGCUAAUGCUGAUACGAAGAACUCAGGCUUUGGCAGUUCAGGCUUUGGAAACUCAACCUUUGGCAAUUCAGCUUUUGGCAGUUCAGGUUUCGGCAACAGUGGUGGAGCAACUUCUACAACAACGCCUAAUAAUACGGCUGCAGGCAGCUCAGGUUUUGGCAGCUCCGGAUUUGGAGGCACUGGGUUCGGACAAUCAUCUUUUGGUACAGGAGGCGCAAAGACAAGUAGCAACUUUGGUGCAUUUGGUGGAGCUGCAUUUGGUAAACCUCUGAAUGGAGCUUCGCAACAAAGCACACAACUGCCGUUUGCAUCUCUAAACCAGAAUUCUAGCCAGUCUCUGUCAAUAUUUCAGAACCAACCAGCAAAUAAUACAACUACUAGUAGUAGUAAUAGUGCUGCUACCGCUCCUUUGACAACUCAAUCUGUAUUUGGAAACAGUGGGUUUUCCAGCAGUCUGGGGGCUUUUGGUGCAUUUGGUCAGCCAUCUACAUCGACUCUGUCUCAAAACCAACCCACCAAUACUAGUUCUCCAUUUGGUGCGUUGAGUGGUACCAAUUCUUCUCAACCAGCUGGAUUUGGAAAUACAAACACAGCUACAGCGUUUCAGAAUAAUCAAAAUGGCCAAAGUGGGCAAAAUAGCUUUGGGGCAUCUUCUACUGUUCCUUCUGCGUUUAGUGCAAGCAACCAGCAAAGCACAAAAUUAUCACUGGGAGCUUUUGGUCAGCUGAAUACAUCAGCAGUGCCUUUUUUCUCAUUCACUCUGAAUCAAAAUCCGAACGUGCUGUUGCUGCAACAGCAACAGCCACAACAACAACAACCAUUCGGCGCAUCGCAAAAUACAACAAACGUGGAGAACCCUUUCGCUUCUUCAACUAAAAACAACAUUGAAGGUGUCUCACUUGUGCAAGAUUCAACCAAAAGCAGUUCAGAUCCAAGAAGUGCGAGAUUCGACAAAUUAUCAGAUAGUCUAAAGCAAGUGUACCAAGCUGCUUUUCAAGCCAACGUUUUUGAACUUGGAAAAGUCCCCGAUAUGGCUCCACCAGCAGCUUGGUGCUAA